AUUAAACAUUUUCUUCCGUUCCAUUCUAUCAGUUUUUAAAGUUUUUGUACUUUAUUGUUAUAUUUCGAUACAGUCUUCGAGUUUGUUACGGUGCGACCAGUUCAAUAAGUUCGACGGUAACAAAUAAUUUAACUGAUACAGCGUCUAUAUUUUCUGUCUGCUCUUCGGCACCUCUGCAAUUUUUUUAAUCAUUUUUUGUAAAGAAUAUGUGAUUUAUUUGGUACUUACUAGACUUAAAAUUCGGACGAAAGCAGUGCGAGAUCUAAUUGAAUCAAUUUAUGGAUGUAAAAUCUAAAGAAACAAGCAUUAAUAAAUGUUGCCAAACAUAAAAAAUAUUGUCAAACAUAAAAAAAGAUUGUUAGCAUAUGUUUUUGUUUAAUUUAAACCAUGGAAUGGACAGAGUCGUGGAUUUUGAGACUUGUGAAAAAUUUACUUGGAUAUACUACUGUUGCAGUACCUGGUGCUCUGCUAGUGUAUUACUCAAAAAAAUCAAAAUAUCUGGACAAUACAGCUUUAUCUAGAAGAGCAGCAAAGAAUAGCUGUUGGGCAAGAUAUGUUAAACUCUUUGUGCACGGAGAGGAAGAGACAAGAUCAUCAUCAGAAAUUCCUAUUUCAAAGCCAAAGCAUACCAAUCUCCAAAAAGCUUUUACGAUUCUUUUCUGUUUUUUGGGACUCCAGCUGUCAUACCUAACAUGGGGUCUGAUACAAGAAAAGAUCAUGACCCAAAAUUACCACAAUGCUCUUGGUGAACAGGCAAAGUUCACCGACUCGCAGUUUCUAGUCUUCGUCAAUCGCUUCUUAGCUUUUAUUUUUGCCGGCACGUAUGUGUCCUUGUCGAGUCAACCCAAGCACGUUGCCCCCCUGUAUAAAUACUCUUAUUGCUCCUUCUCAAAUAUUAUGAGCAGUUGGCUGCAGUACGAGGCGCUCAAAUAUGUGAGCUUCCCUACUCAAGUCUUGGCGAAAGCAUCUAAAAUAAUACCCGUGAUGGUCAUGGGUAAAAUCAUAUCAAAGAAAGGGUAUAAAUAUCACGAAUACGCCACCGCCAUUGCCAUAUCUAUAGGAAGUGCCAUAUUUCUGUUAUCAGGCAAGAAGUCUAGCGACAUAGCCACAACGACCACCGUAUCCGGUCUUGCAAUUCUCGUGGGCUAUAUUGUGAGUGACAGUUUUACUUCUAAUUGGCAGAGUGCACUAUUUAAGCAAUAUCACAUGUCCUCGAUGCAAAUGAUGUGCGGGGUUAAUUUCUUCUCUUGUAUAUUCACGUCUAUAUCGUUGUUGCAGCAGGGAGGGUUUUUUACUUCAUUCCUAUUUUUUAUCAAGUUUUCUAGUUUUUUAUGGGAUUGUUUGUUGUUGUCCGUCUGUUCCACCAUCGGGCAAUUAUUUAUUUUCUACACCAUAUCGGAAUUUGGAGCGGUCAUUUUCGUCAUAAUAAUGACCAUCCGACAGAUCAUUGCGAUUCUCUUGUCGUGCUUCAUUUAUCACCACCCCCUGACUCUCAGUAGAAUUUUCGGUGUUCUCAUUGUGUUUACGACUGUUUUUCUGAGGAUUUAUUUGAAUCACCGAACAAAGAAACCUGCACCAUCCCCUGCAACUGUGCAGGAGAGUACGACUAAGGCGUAAGAUCUGAUUUGUGUUUUUAAACUUUUAUGGCUGUUGAAAUUGUUGGUAUAUAUACUAAGUUUUUAUUUUGCUUAUUUGUGGUAUGCUAUGCAUUUUGAGUUAAAGUUGCUUUUUUUGUUACAAAUAUACAUUAGUUUCUUUUUAAAAUUUAUUCCUAAGUUUAGUAUAAAUAUGUGUUAAGUUGUUCAAUUUAUAUAUUGUAUUUUGACUUAUUAUGGAACUUAAAUUAUUUUUCUAUACAGGAAUCUUCCUCUUUAUAAGAGUACUGUUAAUGUAAAUAAGACUAUUAUUAUAUAAUUCUUAUGGUUAUAAGUAUGAAGAAUAAUACUAAAUUAGUCUGAAAAUUUAUUUUUAAUUAACUGUAUGCUUAAAGAUAUAAGAAUAUACUUGAAAAAGGUCAACAUUCUGAGAAUAUUCUUCUGGAGCUAUAAUUAAGGGGUAAUCUUUAAAGGAGGAAAAAAUGUAUUAUAACACUUAUCUGAGAAGUGUUGUUCUUUCAUCAUUCUCAAACUGAUAAAAAGUUACAUUUGGGUGUACUCCCAGAAUUGCAGUGACACGCCUACAUUGUUGCGGAACUUAACAGAGUUCUUGCAGAAAUAUUUUUCUUUUAACAAGGGAAAAUUUUCAGUUUUCUUUUUUACAGAAGUUUACACAUAAUAAUUGAAUCAUGCAUUUAGAUAAUGACUUUUUGAUGCGCUUAAUUUAAGCUGAUAGUAUCGUAAGUCAAUGUAA